AUGGACCGACCACCAACGCUCGAGGACCUCGUCCGGGACGACGGCGACGCGAUGUACGUGGCAGAGCCGUCGCGCACCGAGGCGUUCCUCAGCCGCAUCAUCGAGCAGCAGCAGGAUGAGCUGCAUGCGCUGCGCAAGGCUGACGGGCUGCCGCGUCGCGACGCCGUCGAGAGCAACAACAACGACCUCGUCAUGGAGAUCUCGAUCAGCACCUUCAUCGAUCUCGAGAACGCGCUCUUGACCAUGAAGAAGCUGCUUUUGCAGCGCGACGUAACCAUCUCGCAGCUCCGCGCCACGCUCGCCGACGCCAACGACCGCGCUGACGCCACUCAGACAGAGUACGAUACGCUGCGGCGCGAGCACCACGCCUUGCGUCUCUCGCUCGAGGCGCCCCGCGCGAAGCCUAAAGACGACACGAGCGAUCACGCGCUGUGCCGCCGGGCCAUGCACGAGCUUGACCAGCAGCGGCAGACGCUGGUCAAGCGCUGCCGGCUCCUCGCGCUGGAGGCUGCACGGUACCGCCACCACCAAGAACGACUCAAAGCGCAGUGGUCCGAGGCGACGCAAGCUGUCGACCAUCUCCAACUGCACCGGCAGCAGCAGCUCGACACCAUCCACGACCUGCAAGCACAGGUGUACGCCUUCCAAGCCAAGCAGACAACCACCAAAGCGUCCUCCUCGAUGGCCGUCACAUCUUCGUCAACCAUGACCGAGCCAUUUGUGCGAAGCGAUGUGGCCACGUACGAGGUCUCGGCGGUUCGCACCACGGACCUGCAGAUCAUCGCGGCUCAAAACCACCGCAUCGAAGCCCUCGAGGCCGAGAUCGAUGGGCUGCGUAGGCAAGGCGAGGCGGUGCACGCACAGCACGCAACGGCCACCGCCGCCCACGCGACACUGCGACGCCGCGCCAACGUCUGGAAGGGCUGCAUCUACACGCUCCUCAGCAAGCACAACAAGAUGCUUCUGGAUCUGCAAGGCGCUCUCAAAGCCCGCGAUCUGCUGCAAGGGGAGAAGCGACAGUACAUUGCCGACUACAAGAAGCGCAAAGCACAGAUGGUCGCGCUGCAGGCGACGCUGGAGGCCGCCAACGACCAGCUCGAGAAGGACCAGAGCAUGCUGGCCGAACACAAGACGCGGAUACGCUACUACAGCCAGACGAUCCGGCACAACGCGGAGCGGAUGCGGGCGCUCAUCGCGACGUGCGAGGCGAUGCAGACCAAGCUGGAAACCAUCCAGGGGCGCUACCAGCGUUCCAACGUCCAGCGCAAGCAGCUCGCGGCGCAGUCGUCGACGUACAAGAGCCUUCUCCACGACGAGAAGCGGGAGCGAGAGGCCGCGCUCGUCGAGAUCGAAGCGUUCCGAAAUGCGCUCGUGCAGGUGUGCCACGAAGCGAUCGCGCCGCCACCCCAGUGGACCGUGGAGCAUGUACAGACCGUCACAGGGAUCGCCGAGCCCCUCGUGUACGGCUAA